CCGCCCCGUCACAACGCUCCGCCGCGGAGGGCCCGCCGCACCGCUCCCGACGACGACGACCCCGGCCGCCCGCCUCAUGGCCCCGCUCUUCCCUCUGCUGCUGGCUACGUGCCUGGGGCUUGGCCUGACAGGGACCACCCCGUCCCCAGCGUCCCCCCGGACGCGGCUGGUCAACGGCCCGCACCGCUGCGCCGGUCGGGUGGAGGUCCUCCGCGACGGGCGGUGGGGCACCGUGUGCGACGACGGCUGGGACGCGGCGGACGUGGCCGUGCUGUGCCGGGAGCUGGGCUGCGGCCCGGCCCGGGAGACCCCCGUCGCCGCCCUCUACCCGCCUCCGGCCCCGGCCGGGAGCCCCGUCUGGCUCCAGAACGUCCAGUGCCGGGGCAGCGAGCCGGAGCUGGCCCUGUGCGAGUUCGAGGAGGCCUUCAACUGCGACCGCAAGGAGGACGCGGGGGCCGUGUGCGAAGCGCCGGAGGACGAGGUCGCCUGGCGGCUGGUGGACGGGCCCGACCCCUGCUCCGGGCGGGUGGAGGUGGAGUACGCCGGGCAGUGGGGCACGGUGUGCGGCGAAGGCUGGGACAUGCGGGACGCCCGGGUCCUGUGCCGGGAGCUGGGCUGCGGGAGGCCCGGCUGGGCCCGCGCACGCUGCGACGGGACCGGGGGCGGGGCCGGGCCCGUCUGGCUCAGCCGGCUGCAGUGCCGGGGCCACGAGGACCGGCUGACCCGCUGCCCGCACCUGCCCUGGGGCCGCAACAACUGCACCCACCUAGAGGACGCCUGGGUCCGCUGCCGGGAGCCCUUCGCGCUGCGGCUGACCGGGGGGCCGCACCGCUGCUCGGGGCGGCUGGAGGUCCUCCGCGACGGCGCGUGGGGCACGGUGUGCGACGAGGGCUGGGGCCGGCGGCAGGAGCAGGUCGUCUGCCGACAGCUGGGCUGCGGAGAGCCCCGACGACAGCCGGCCCGCACCCGCAAGCGGUUCGGCCUCGGGCCGGGCCCCUUCUGGCCGCAGAGCCUGCGCUGCAGCGGCAGGGAGGCCAGCCUGGAGGACUGCGCCCACCGACCCUGGGCCCCGGCCCCGCCCCAACACCCCUGCACCCAACACCAGGUCGCGGCCGUCGUCUGCCUCGGCCCGGGGGCAGGAGAAAAGUGAAGGGGUUUGGCCCUGCCCCCACGGCCUCACCGCCGACCCGGACCUGCCGGGACCCCCGGACCGCUCCCCCCCCCGCUGCCGCCGCCGGGGUCGGCGUCCUCCCCGCCCCCUCCCGCCUCGCCCCCGCUCCCCGAGCCCCGAGCCCCGAUGGAGGAGGGGCGACGGGGCCACGGAGGAAGAAUUAAAACGCGUCGUCUGACCCGGA